GCAGUGCUCUUCCUGGUACUUUGCCUGAUGAAUCUCCACUCAUCAUGGAAAGCCUGGAACAAGUACUCACUGUGCUGCCUCCUGACCCCGGGACCUGGAAGGAAAUGAGGAGCCCAGAGGAGACUUCUGAGGGUACUGACCUCCUUGCUGAGCUGGGACCACCUCUGCACCCCUGGCCUGGGGCUGCUCAGGGCUGGGCUCCCCCAUCUCUGGCCAGUGAGGCACCAGGUGCCACAGGAGUGUGCCAUCCCCUCACUGCAGUCUCAGCCACUGUGUCCCUUCUACUGCCUGCCCGAGGAAGGACCACAGGAACUGGUGUCAAGCUCCAGGGUGCAGCCAGGGCAGGGCUGAGCAGGUCACAAGUGCCAAGCGGGAAGUGAGUCACUCACCUGGGAGCCAGCACCACGCCCUCUUUCCUGUCAGAGCCUCUUCCAGGCAGGAGCACACACACAGCUCAGCCCUGCUGGUCUGUCCCCCUGCAGCACGGACCUGCUGGGCUGGGGUCUGUGAUGAGCUGGAGCAGGUGCUCUGUGAGCCCAAGCUGAUGUCACACAUUUCCUCUCCUCUAGUGACUCUGCAAUCAUGCUACAGUUGCUCCCAUUCUGGCGCCCUGUUCUUGAGAGCUGCCAGUGCAGAGACUCUCCAGCCCCAGGGCAGGGAAAAUAACAUCUGGGAGACAGCCAAGCAUCCUCAGUGAAACCCUCACUGCUACUGAGGCUGAAGAUGGACAUAAUGUGCUGAUUUUUUUCAUCUCUGGUAAGAAGAAAAGCUGUGGCUGGCAACUGAGCUUCAGACGUGGCCACUCAACACCAUGAUGUCUGGAAAAGGCAAAGGAGGUGCAGAAGGCAGUGCUGAUUUACACCUUCCAUGCCCUGUCAUAGACUCUGAGUUUCGCUACAGCCUCUUCACUGUUUUCUACAGCAUUAUUUUCAUUCUAGGCUUUGUUGCCAACUGCUAUGUUCUCUGGAUUUUCAGCCGUAUUUACCCCACCAAGAAACUCAAUGAAAUCAAGAUAUUCAUGGUGAACCUGACAGUAGCUGACUUGCUCUUCUUAAUUACAAUGCCAAUGUGGAUUGUUUACUACCACAACCAUGGAGACUGGAUCAUGCCCGAGUUCCUCUGUAACGUGUCUGGCUGUUUGUUUUUUGUUAAUACCUACACUUCUGUUGCCUUUCUGAUGGUCAUCACAUACAACCGCUACCAAGCUGUGACUAAUCCUAUUAAAGCUGCUCAGCUGACCACACAGAGAAGAGGUAUCUACCUCUCAGCAGCUAUCUGGAUCAUAAUAGUGGGCAGCUCUUUGUAUUACCUUUUUGACAAUAAUACUAACAAGGAGACGGUGGGCUCCAGGAAUUUCACACGGUGCUUUGAGCGCUACGACACCACCAGUGGUGUUUCAGCUGUUCUCGCCAUUCACGUCAUCAUCUGCGUCCUCUUCUAUAUCAUUUUCCUUUUGAUACUAAGUUGGAACAUUGUCAUUAUCAGGACCCUGUUCUCCAAGCCAGUGCAUCCACGGAAGAGCGCUCACGUCAAGCAAAGGGCCCUGUGGAUGGUGUGCACAGUGCUGGCUGUGUUCAUCAUCAGCUUUGUGCCCCAUCACAUCGUGAACCUGCCCUGGACUCUGACUGUUCUGGAGCAGUGGAAGAAGGAAGACUGCGAGCUGCGCCAACAGCUCAACGAUGCUCACCAGGUGACUUUGUGCCUCUUGAGUACCAACUGUGUGUUGGACCCCAUCAUCUACUGCUUCCUCACCAAGAAGUUUCAGAAGCAUGUUUCAGAAAACCUGAAAAGCAUGAGAGGGAGUCGCAAAUGCUCCAGGCAAACAACUGAUACGAUGAUUGAGGGCACCAUUCAUCAAGAGGAUGGCAUUAGGAUCUCUUAGGGCCACUCAUUUCUGAUUGCACACAGAGAGGUGUGAAUUAUUCACUCAUCUUUCCUCAAGUAGAGGCACCAAGGGACACAACAGAGGACUAGGAUUUUACAUUUUCUUUUUCCUAUUAGACAGAAGAAUGGAUGCUCCUUUCUUCUGUCACGUGCAAAGGGCAGAACUGCAACCUGCAGUAAUCUGGCAGCACAGCUCCUUCUGUCCAGGCUGCUGUUCUCAUGGGCACUGAGAACAGCCCAGAUGACUGCUUUAACAUGAAAUAAGUGUGUCACUGAGCCUCUGCAGUGAGCAGCUAGAAACUGAGUGCACCAAAAUUACCCAUUGUGUCAGUCCAGACAGCACCAUCCCUGCUCCUUUGCCUGCCCAGCUCUCACAGUAUCAGAGCUGUAAGGGACUUCUAAAAGACCUGGAAGAACAGAUGGAGCUCUGAGUAUCAUGAGGUGGCUCUGCUAAGCAGCUUACAUGGUCUGGUGAAGAGAGUCUGAGCUUAUGAAGCUCUUGAGUGGCUGUAAGGGACAUAGUCCAUGGAAUUCCUCCAUUGCUGUCAGAGAUCUGCACCUCUGAUCCCUUCAUCCCUUGUUAGCAGCUCACAUGGUCUGCUGGGAUCCAAACUUGACAGAUGUCUGGGAGCAGCUAUUAUGAAUCUUUGCCUCCAGAUCUUGGGUCAGUAAAGUAGGGAAGGAAAGGAAGAGAAAUUGGCAGUCCCUCAGCACACCUCUCCCCCUCCCUGCACCAGAUCAGCAUUAUAGCCAAAGGGCACUAUGGUCUGCCCUGGCUUCCUGUGUGAAAGCAGAACUGGCCAGCCAGUGGCCUCGUGCACUCAGUUUAGUAAUUCCUGACUGACUGCAGACACUCCAGACAACAGAGGGCUACUGUCAGCAUGGGCAUUAUGAUAAGGAAAAAAAGCUUAAAAUGCUUCUGUGUCUUUGUACUUAUUUAUUUAAUUUAGGAUUAUAGCCAUUACAUUGUUUUUUCCUCCAUCCUUUCAAAGCUGACUAGUUCUUGAUCUACAGCAAAUGAAAUGUUAGGUCAGGACACUUGACAGACAAAUAAUUCACACACUCCUUGCCCAGGGCUGGAUGCAAUCCACUGGGGCCCAGGGCAAAGUGGUUUUCCAUGGGUGCUGAGUUCUCUUACCAGUCAUGAGACACUUUUCUGACCCAAAUUGCUCAAUCUAGCACAGGAAAUUGGGCAGGGAGGGGAACUUGUUUUCACAACAGUUGUUGGUUCCCUAAGUGUCCCAGUCUGCUGAUGACAGGAACAGUGUAUCUGACCUAUGACACCAAUUAUUCAUGUGCAGGACAGCAGCCCUCCCACACCUGCCCAAGAACAGGAGAGAUAAGCUCAAGCCUUUCCAAAGACAGCACCAAUAUUUGUACUGCUUUGCCAGAGGAGAUACGGGUCCUUCAGAUGUAUCCUCUGGAGCUCCUCAGGCAGCUUGUGUCCUUAUUUGUUCCAGUGAGGAAAAGAAUUAAGAUGUUUAUUUUUCUAAGGCCAUUGCCAGGGCCCUGCACUCCAGGCCCAGUGCCAGAGGAAAGAGUCUGAUCACAGUAAGAGUGCAUCUCCCUCCCGCUCCUGGGCUCUGCUCCAGUUAUAGGCACUCACAACAAACACUUGCCAGUACCUCAUGCUCCUCAGACACAUUCAAAGAUGCACCCUGAAUCUGCAGAGCCACAGCGCACAGGAAGGGAGCAAUUUCUGUAAUUUAAAAGCCAGAAUCCGCACUGUUCUGUGAGCACAUUCUGGAUGAGGAGCUCUCGCAGCUGGCAGAGGGUGGGACCUGGUUUCCCCCCUUGGCUCCCAGCAAAACAGACCCUAAAGCCCCAUUAGAUGGAGUUUGGCAAGUCCUGCAGGAAAUGAAAAAGAUUUUUACAUGGAAAGCUGGCAUGAGCUUCCACUGGUUCUUGGAAAGCUUGCAAGAGUUUACAGUUUAGCUUUUUACCAUGGGUACGUAACAGGCUUUAUUCCACAGCAAGCACUGUGGGCUCAGGGAACAAACAUAAACCUGCAUCUGAGGAAAAGGAUAUGCAGAGAGAAAAGCCCCAAGGCCACUUCAGGAGAUAUUAUGCUAAUUAGUCAGUAAAAAUGCAUUUCUGAAAAACAGGCUAAGCUGCUACUUCUGUUCCUGGAAAUACUUUCCUGUUCUUACUGCAAUGUUGCAUUACUCUGCUUUACCUUGCAAUGAAAUGGAUCCUCAGAAGUUCUUGUAAAUAAAGUGUGUUCCUCAGGUGUUUUAACUUUCUCAUUUUUCUGUAUUUAUACUUGAGGGAAAGCCUUGGUACCACACUGAAACAGCUUCAAUGCUUUUUUUUUUUUUACCAUCAUAUGAACUCUUGGGAGGGUUGAAAUUAAAGGCUCAGCAAAC